GUCUCUCUCACGGAUGAUUCUCUCUUUAACGUUAGCCGGUGACGAUAUAUAUAUCUUCCACUCCUAAAACCCCUUCUCUCCCUUUCCCUCGAGCACCACCAGAAACCCACCAACGCCAACACCUUCUGCUGCGGCGUUGCCGAUCUCUGUUGUUUGUUACAGCAACUGAAAUUUGGUAUCAACUACAAUGGAUCCGUGCCCAUUUGUACGGAUUCUUAUUGGUAACUUGGCUCUUAAGUGUCCACCUGGUUCAAGAUCCUCUUUGUCAAGUGUAAGCUCAUGCUUUUGCAAGAUCAAGCUCAAGAACUUUACUACCCAGCAAGCAACAAUCCCUCUUUUGAAUCAACAACAGCAAGAACAGAGCCAAAACCCAGAAAGCAAUUACAUUUCAAAUUCGCUGGCGGCAUGUUUUACUCUCGAUAAGACCCAGAUCGAGAAACUCUCAUCUUCUAAAAAACUCAAGAGUUUGAUUAAUAUUGAGAUCUAUACGGGCGGCGAAGGGGCUAUUUGCGGUUGGACAAAUGGGAAGUUUUUAGGGAGAGUGACUGUUCCACUGGACUUGAAAAGGGCAGAGUUUAAGCCUUACGUGUUACACAAUGGAUGGAUUGGUAUUGGAAGAGGCAACAAGAAAGGAUCAUCCAUGGCUGAGUUUCAUAUGAGUAUUAGAGCUGAACCUGAUCCGAGAUACGUGUUCGAGUUUGCUGGAGAGCCAGAGUGCAGCCCUCAGAUAUUUCAAGUACAAGGGAGUGUGAGGCAAGCGGUUUUCACUUGCAAGUUCAGUUUGAGAAACCCUGGAGAUCGCAAUUUGGGACCAAGGCAAUCAAUACUAGAACAAAGCACAUCAAGAAAUUGGCUACCUUCUCUGGGAAAUGAAAAGGACCAAUCCACGAAAGAACGAAAAGGGUGGACGAUUACAAUCCAUGACCUCUCAGGCUCACCAGUAGCAAUGGCUUCAAUGGUGACUCCAUUUGUACCAUCCCCAGGUUCAGACCGCGUCAAUCGCUCGAACCCAGGUGCAUGGUUAAUCCUCCGCCCAUCUCUCGGCACCUGGAAACCUUGGGGACGACUAGAGGCGUGGCGUGAACAUCCUAAAACCAAUGAAUUAGGCUAUCGUUUCGAAUUGGUACACGAGACCAUUACAGCCACCCCAAGCACCACCACCCUUGUCAAUUCUGUCAUUAGCACCAAAAACGGAGGCAAAUUCAUAAUCGACACCACCAACAGUGUGUCCACCCCAGCGUGCAGCCCGCAUAGCAGCUGUGAUUUCGGAUCCGGAUCAGGGUCUGGAUCUGGGUCAUGGUCAGGAUCAGAGAUCGGAGCUGGACUUUUCUCGCAAUUCAUGUACAGAGGAUUCGUAACGUCAUCGACAGUGAAAGGCUCCAGCAGUUGUAGUAAACCGGAGGUGGAGAUUGGAGUACAGCACGUGAAUUGCACGGAGGAUGCGGCUGCUUUCGUGGCAUUAGCAGCAGCCAUGGAUCUAAGCAUGGAUGCUUGCAGACUGUUUUCUCAUAAGCUAAGGAAGGAGCUGAGGCAGCUGAGUCAGAGUUUUGUCGUUUGACGUGGGAUUGGUUUGUCGUUUUGAGGGAAUAGAGGAUAGCUAAUGAGUUGGUUAGGUGUUGGGUUUUUAUUUUUAUUUAUUUUUCUUUUCUUUUUGGCUGAUAACUAACAGCAGUUCUUGAGCUGGAUAUGUUCAUGAAUUAAUUUUUAGUUUCUUUAUUGUACAGUGAGGAAUGACAAGGCAUGACUUUUAUAUGUAUAUUAUAAUUUAAAUAUUUCUCAA